GUCGUUCUGACAACUUUUUUCCUGACUCCGACUCUGAUAUCUGACAACCUUUUCCUGAUACCUGCUGACUUUUGUCUUGGCACCUGGCUGACUACGAGGAUGUCCUAAAAUGAACACCGUACACGCGGCUUUUGUCGGGUUCACGUCCCGGCUGCAGACGUACUGGUUGCCCCAGCUGGAAGGAAGCGCUGGGACUUUCCUGAAUAAUGUUACCGCCUCAGGUCGGUCUCCAGGAGUCUUGGACGUGGUGGAGGAUUAAAAACUGGCGUCAGCUGUGGUGAUGCGGAAGGUUUUAUCCGGCAGGUUGCUGAAGUUUCUCGGCGCUUUACUUGUUCUGUUUCUGAUCGCUCAGAUCCUUCUGAGCACAUUUCUGAAACACAGGACGGAGCCGAGACCUCUUCCUGUAGAGGAGUAUCGACUCAUUUCCCCUCUCACGUACCAUUACCUGAUCAACCAGCCGGAUGUGUGCAGGGACAGAAGCCCGUUUCUGGUUCUCAUGGUUCCUGUCGCCCCACAGGAGGCUGCAGCCAGGGAGGCCGUCAGGAGGACAUGGGGCUCUGCCAGCAGUGACACCCUCACUUUAUUCUAUGCAGGACUCCCAGAUGGGGGGGAGCUGUCACCCAUCCAGGAGGCGCUGGAAGAGGAGAGUAAGCUGCAUGCAGACAUCAUCCAGAUGAACUUCAUGGAUAGUUACCAGAACCUGACCAUUAAGACCAUGAUAAUGAUGAAAUGGCUUGCAACCCACUGCCCUAACUCGUCCUAUGCAAUGAAGGUGGAUGCUGACAUCUUUGUAAAUGUGUUCUACCUCGUUGAAUGGCUGAGGAGCUCCCCCAGGCUGGGCUUCAUCACCGGGUCAGUGAUCCGAGAUGGGAGUCCCAGGAGGACCCCCAACAGCAAGUGGUAUCUAUCAGAGAAGCUGUACCCAGAGGACAGCUUCCCCCCUUAUGUGUCUGGAGCUGGAUACGUCUUCUCCUCUGACCUGGCAGGCCGGAUCUCCUGGGCAUCCAGGUUUGUACGGAUGAUCCCUCUGGAGGACGUUUACGUGGGCUUGUGUCUACGUGUGCUGGGCGUCCAGCCGGUGUACUCAAACAGUCUGCCAUUCCUCAGGAACCUGUUUGAAAUCCAAAAGCUGGAGUACGAUAGGUGCACCUUUGCCCGACGGGUUAUCGUCAACAAGUUCAAGCCAUCAGAGCUCCUGCAAAUUUGGCAGGACUUCUCCAAAAACCAUGCUAGCUGCUGAAAGCAUUUACCGCCUGUUUCACUGUGAUUUAUAACAGAACAAUUAGCCUAGAACAGGAAAGCAAGCCAUAGACACCCAUCCACUGAACGGAAGCAAAAUAUGCGUAAUAUAUGAUAAAUACAUUAGAUCUAUCAGGACAUUAUAAUAAAAUUUAAUCAGGUAUUUCCCUUUAAUUAGUUAGUAACCAGUUAAACAGUCUCCAGAUACAAAAUAUUUUGUUUAAAGAAACAACAUUUAGAAGUUGAUUUAAAAGUACCUGAUUAUUUUUCUUGUUAAUGCAACAUUUAGUCACUUACCACUUGAUGUAUUUACAUAUUAAUUUCUGCUUUUCUUUAUUAUAUUUUAUAGUAAAUGGAAAAAAUUGGGGUUUGGGAUUUUAAAUAUUAAGCAAACUAUUGAAAGUUCAUCAGUCAGCUCAUGAUAAUCCAAAGUUUUAAAGCUGCAGUGCAGAAGUUUAGUUUCUCUUUUCUGCUUGUGGGGAUGGUUAUACAGAAACUGCUGACAUAAUUUUAUAAAGUUUUCUUCUUGAGCCUGUAAUCCUCCUGAAGAGCAAGUUUCUGCAUUUUUUCUGGAUAUUUUCCAGGUUUUUCUGCCUUAAGCUCGGCCAUAUUUUCAGUGUGUGCAGCCCUUUCUGUCUCUCAGGUUAUAAUCGUUCCCACUUCAGCACUUGCAAGUUAGUUAUUGCUGGUUUUGAUGAACCAGAUCACUGCAGGUGGCCUGGUUGGAGAAUUUGCUGUAAAUCUUCAUGCGAACAUCACCCGAGCUAAAGUGAUUGGGAAGUGAGACUGUUGGAAGUGUGAAGAGCUGGUUGUGUAGAAGGAACUUCAUGCUUUACAUGCUCACAUUCCUCUUCUCCUUUUCUCUUUGAGGCUUGAUUCCCUGACCUGCAGUGCAGAUUCCCAGUCACCUGAUGUGCAUUUAUGAUAUAUCAUUAUCAGCUGUAGUAAAGCUCAGCAGAAAACGUAAGAGGCUGAGCAAACCGAUACCAACGGAUAUCUUUGUGCCUGUAGACCAACAUUUUAUAUCAGUUUUGCCUUUGGGGUCACGUUCAAAUCAACUUAUGAGAAAAUGUUCCUUGAAUAACUCUGAUACUUGAGUACAAUUUUAUUUUCAUGAGUUUGUGAGGCUCAAAAUGUUUGAAAAUGCAUAUUUUGAAGUUUGUAAAACAGCCUGCAACUUACAUGCCAUGCUUCUGUGCCUCUGUACUUGAAUGAACCCGCCACGCUGCCUGCUUGUGUUGUACUUAGAAACGUCAACCAGCUGGUGGCAGUAUGUGCCAGAAGAUCAGCUCACAGGCAAAUGGAUCAUUACAUUUAAUGAUGAUUUAUUGCUCCUUUUGCUUUCAUAUGCUGUACCUAAAAUGCCUCAUAGAUUUAAAUGUUAAUAUAAAUGUUGUCUUUGAAAUCCUAAAAAAGCAAAUGUUGCCAUCACUUAUAAUAUUGCUGCUACAGAUAGGCAUCACUUUAGCCUCUUCCUAGGCUCAAUAAAAGUCUUGGAAA